GGUUCCCUAAAAUAAAAAUUUCGGCCUUCACUCCUUUAUAAGUAGGAGUAUCUCAUCUCACCGACUUGGGAAUAAUUUGUUUGUUUUCCAGCUUGAGCUCCUUCGGAUUUUCCGCCACUGAGAAAACCAGUUAUGGCAACGACAACCAGCAUCGCUCCUGUUUCGAUCUCAGGUGGAGCCCAUCUCAAAUCCCACGAGCUUCGGUCCAUGAAGUGCAACUCAUUUGGCAAUCCUUCAAGAUUGACAGUUCGAAGGAAAUCGAGCCAGCGAAAUGCCAACCAGAAGCUAAUUGUCUGCUCAGAGUUGAAUGAGAGUAGAGGUGGAGGGGGCAACUUUGUUGCAGGUUUUGUUCUGGGAGGUGCAUUGUUUGGAACUGUAGCAUAUAUUUUUGCUCCCCGGAUCAGAAAGGCAAUCCUAAAUGAAGAUGAACAUGGCUUCCGGAGGCCCAGGCGCCUACCAUAUUAUGAUGAAGGCUUAGUAUAUGAUGAACGCUUAAACAACCCCAAGCAGACCUUGAGUCAAAAAAUUGGCCAGCUCAAUGCUGCCAUUGACACUGCCAUUGACAGGAUGUAUUCACGGUUUAAAGGUGGCAAUCAUAUGCCUUCUGUACCAACUGAAAAUAAGCCAGAAGAAGCCACCAUGUAAGGCCUGAUUUUGUUUGUCGAAUAAUAAUCUAGGACUCUUGGAUGAUUUGUUCAACUGGUUGAAUCUGUACUUAUGUUGUGUGAAACUCGGGGAAAAUUGCAUCAUAGAUGUCCACAGGACUCUGUUUGCUAUGAAGUUUUGUUUUGCCUUUUAAAAUCAAGUAUGAUCUAAGGAUGUUUUUCACAUAUUACGUGAUGUGGAGUUAUGGUUACCCUUUUCCUUCA